AUGAACUUAGAUUAAGCAUUUACAUUUGGUUAGGAUUGUUAUAAUCAAGAUUUAAUAAAUCCUUCAAAGCAUCCUAAGAUUAGUAAAAAAUCACCAUUUUAUUCAAUUGUUAAACCAACUACGUAUUUUUGUAUAAUAAAUAAGAUCUCAAAAAAAUUAUAGAAUUAAGGAUUCAUCUGUAUAAAAAUUAGCUUAGACAAUUUAAAAAAGUAAUAAUAAAGAGAAUUAUGAAUCUCAUUAAUGUAAUGUUGGAUUACCAAAACAUACACGUAAUCCAACAGAUCUUAAUCUCAUCAGAUUUGACACAUCACCAAAUUCAAAAAUAGAAAUCUCGAAUAAUUCAAGAGGAAACAACUCAUAAUAAGAUCAUUAAAGAAGACUAUCAUUCAAUACUCCAAAUUAAACAAUUAAAACUUCAUUACCUCCUGUUAAUAAUAAUGAAAAAUAUAAAAAGAUAGCUAUUGCAAUGAAAGAACUUAUUUAAAAACAGAAGUACAGUUAUGAAAUUGGAGAUUUUGAAUAAUUAGAGUUUAUUUUUGAAAAGCUUAGUAUACUAUGUGAAUAACUUUGA